AGCAGAGCGACAACAUGCCUGAUACUACAGUCAAAGCGCCCAAGAAGGGCUCAAAGAAAGGCGCCACCAAGAACGUCAGCAAGAGCGGCAAUAAGAAGAGGAGGACCAAGAGGAGGGAGAGCUACGCCAUCUACGUGUACAAGGUGCUGAAGCAGGUCCACCCCGACACCGGCAUCUCCUCCAAGGCCAUGGGCAUCAUGAACUCCUUCGUCAGCGACAUCUUUGAGCGCAUCGCCGGUGAGGCCUCCCGUCUGGCUCACUACAACAAGCGCUCCACCAUCACUUCCAGGGAGAUCCAGACCGCCGUCCGCCUGCUGCUGCCCGGGGAGCUGGCCAAGCACGCCGUGUCUGAGGGCACCAAGGCCGUCACCAAGUACACCAGCUCCAAGUAAACACUGCUGCUGCUGCCUCCACUAUUCAACCAACGGCUCUUUUAAGAGCCACCCACUAUAUCUUUAAGAGCAAAGUUGUCUGAUUACUACUUCAAAUUAUUAAUCCACUGUUGCUUGUGCUGCCAAAGCCUCUUGUUUGCACUUCACUGUGGCUGCUGAGAGAAAUCAAGAAGA